UAUCACAAGACUUUGUUACUUUUUAUCGCUUUCGUGUUGUGUUUGGUUCUUGGAUUAUAGGUUAGCGUUUUUAGAAGUGUGAAGUGAAGAAAAUGAGUUUCAAAAGGCAAACAGCUAACAAAAUAAUCCUUCUAAACAAAAUCAAAGACUCCAGAGAUAUCUUAUUCGGUGCCUUUUCAGACAAAUUAACCAAACAAAAUAAGAUGUCAGCAUGGCAGGAAAUUCGCGAUUUUGCUGCUUCUCUAGGAGUGAUUUCUGAAAACAAAGAUUGGACCUAUGUUCGUGAUGUGGUGUGGCAAAAUCUGAAGAAAUCUACAAUGGGCAAAGUGGAUAAUUCCAAAAAAACUGGAGCAUCUGGUGGAAUUGAUGUCAAGCUGACGGACGUCGACAACAUCGUGCUCGACAUUGUGGGACGAGAUUCCCCAGUUGUGUGCAGUCUUGAUGUACCAGAAACGUGGGCCAUUGAACAAGAAUCUAGGGAAGUCCCUGUAAAUUCAAGUUUUCAUGCGAGUAGUAUGAUGGUCGAAGAUCUUUUGUUGACUCCUGCAAGUCUCGAUGAGGAUGGAGGAACUCCAACAAGUAAAGCUGCAAAGAGAAAACGCACCAACAAGUUUCAAGAAGAGGAAGAAUUUCUGCAAGAGAAGAGAAAACUUCAACUGGAAUUUCUUAAAGUGCAGAUAUACAAAACUAAAUUGGAUAUAAUGUACCGCGAACGACAGUUGAACUUGCAAUGUUCUGAAUUUACAAACAACAUUGAAAGUGUUGGUGAAAUUGAGGAAAAUGUUUUGUAUAAUGAAUGAUCCAGCCUAUUUUAUAUUAAUAUGUAUAUUUUUCAAUAUUGAUAGAGAGUAUUUUACAUUGUCCUUGCAAUAUUUUUAUAAAUAUAAUUUGUAUUUAUCUUUAUAUACUGUUGCUUAAUGAUCAAGGUAGAUAUAAAAUUUCAUGAUUGUAAAAUAAAAGUUUAUAUCACUAAUUUUUUGUUAAAUUUCAAUUACAGCACCUAUGUAUUCAUGUAGUUAAACUUUAAUUACAGCACGUAUGUACGCAUUCAUGUAUAGUAUUUGGUUUGCUAUGUAAGCUUUGCUAAAUUUGGUAAGAGCUUACUUUUCACAUAGUAUUAUAUGCAUUUAUUGUACUUAUAAAACAUUGUGCUGUGUAAAUAGUAAUAAUACACCAUUUCUUACAGUUUAACAAUUCUGUAAAGAACAGAACACUAUUGUUGAAUAUACAUCAUGUACUUUCAUUUUUAAGUUAUGUAGUUACAAAGAUUGUUAUGCAAUAAGGAUCUUCUUUGAAAAGCCUCACUCAAGUAAAUGAAAAAAAAAAAAAUAAUUUAUCAUAACUUUUUCACAGACACUAAAAAUUUGCAACUUUUGAAGCCAACCUAUGGCAUUUUGCCUUGCUUAUAUUAUACACUGUGCCAUAAGUAAGAUUGCACAAAUUUAGAAUUAAAUACUAUCUACAAAACCAUUGGACAGCACAACAUGCACUUUAUUGCCCAGAAAAUUUUGUUCAUAUGGGAUGUCUAGAGAUAAAAAAUAAUUUUGCUUAUACAGUGACUAAGAGACAAAAAUAAGUGUAGGUUUUAUUACAAAGAAAAAUGUUUUUCAGAUGUGAGUAGACUUAUUUUUAUGAAACUUUCAGUGUGAUGAACUUGGCCAAUAUGUUGCAAGAAUUUUCAUCAAUUCCAUCUGUUUUUGUUGUUUAUGAUCAUCACAACACCUAAUGCUGAUCCUGCAAGGGUACAUGAGAGUUGUCAGAUUUUCGAAAGUAGAAAUAAAUAUUACCACAGUUAUAACUAUGUUAUUAUGCACAGUAUCAGUGUACGUUCUUUUUUUUACCAGAACUGCUAUGCGUAAAAUACAUAAUGGUAAAUAAAAUCAGUAAUAUUUUUAUUACAUAGUAGCUAUACUAAUAAAAUUAAUAGAACCAGCACUUUCGUUAUAUGUACAAUCUAACUGUAAUUAAUGACUUGCAAGUAUCUUUGCACAUAUUAAAAUCUCAUGAACACAAAACAAAAUACAAAAAUCUGCUGAUAGCUACAUGUAAAUGUAUAGUUACAAUUAUUUACUCCAAUCAGAGAAAAGGACUUCACAUAUUAUAAAAGGGCUGGUAAAAAAAUACUUGACAUGAUGAAAUAAUGGGUUCACUAAAAUUAAAAACAUGUUGCAUGUGCAUCAUUAGCCAUAUUUGGCCGAUACGUUGGCUUGCAAAAAUUCUCUUUGAUAUAUCGGACACAGGUUUCGUACCUUAACUUUCCUAAAAAUACAUACAUUUUAAAAAUUACAAAAGUACACUUAACUAUCAUGCCUAAAUGAAAUGAUUUAUGAGCUGCUGCUGUCGCCUCUGUGCUGCUGCCACCGGAAUUUCUGCUUCCAAGUCUGGUACUGCUUCAUCUAAGAAGUUGUCUUCUGCAAGAACAGGAUGAGGUUCUUCGUGACUCCGCGAUAUGUUGCAGAGUGUAACACAACAUUUAAAAAUGUUGGCUGCAUACUGAGGAUUUACCCGCAAGUAAUUCAGGCAUGGGAAUUUUUCCUUCAGAAUACCAAGGGAGUUCUCAACCACUCUCCUAGUGCUUUUGUGAGCCCUGUUGAAUCGGACAACUGCAGGAUUCUCCACGUUGUUAACCACAGGAGGCAUUAACCAUUCUUUCAGUGGAUAACCACUAUCUCCAAGCAAAACAGUCUCAGGGAAUGGCCUAUUGUCGAAACGUUCGCAUAGUGUGCUGUUGCGUAACACUCUAGCAUCAUGGACACUACCAGGCCAAUUUGCACUUGUAUAAAAAAACUGGUACUCUGGCCCACAAACAACCAUACAAUUUAUUGAAUGGUUGCCAUGCCGAUCAACAAAAUGUUGCUCAUGUACUUGUGUAGCAUCAAUUUUGAUGAGCGUUCCAUCAAUGCAACCACAAACUUGAGGCAUUCCUGCAAAAGCGUGAAAUCUAUGAACCACAGAAGCAAUAUCAUUUGGCCAAUUUACAACUUGUUGAAACUUAACUCUGUUUAUAACAGACACUACAGUUCUGACACAGCGACACACAGAUGCUUUCGAUACACCAUGCAUAUCAGCAAUUGCAUGAUACUGCCGUCACCCGCGGUCUCGUGAUCGAGACUCGGGGCGGUCCUAGUGGUUUUAGUGGCUCUUAAUGAAAUCUCCGGCGGGCGCCAGGUUAAUUUGAGUAUUAACCGAGGUGGUCGUGGGUUUUUGCCCCUGCGUGUUCCACUAGGAUCGGCGGCUGUUGAUGGUGGGAGGGAGUCCCUGCUUUUAAUAC